AUGGCCCGAAUCCGAAUCUCACCUCAGAUGUUCAUCUGGCCCUCGUUCUCAUUCUUUGUGUUAUCACGGGCCCGCUUUAAGAACUUCUUUUUAUUUAUAAAAUCGGUAAUCUCCCCAUUGGGGUCGUUUUCCCUUCUGGUCUGGCCUUCUCAUUGUUCCCAAUUCGGUUUAUUAGCUCUUCCACACAUUACCGGUGGCGAAGGCACUCCCCUUAUGGGCGGAAAUUGCAGCCCCUCUUUCGCUUGGUCAAUUAGGGAGCCAAUCAGUUCGGCUAACUCCAUUUUGAUCUUUCUUACUUCUUCAUAUUUUUUUUUUAGAUUAAACUAUUCCUGUUGUUCUGGGCAGGUCGAGACGCGGUCGCUUCGAAGAGCUGGCACCGCUUCCAUCGCCUCCGACGGAAUGAGAACAGCCAUCCAUAAAAGACAUGAAAAAAGAAUAUAA